GUACUUUAUAUAUCUGAACAGCAACCUGCACUUCAGGCGUCCACCACACUCUUACUCCAAGACCUUUGCCCCAUGUACAGCCCUGUGCAUUGUUCCAUGGAUCACGUAUAUGUACUUUCAUCCUGUUAUAUCCUAACAGCGUCUGUAUAAAUGUUGACCACCUCGAUGCACGAAAGGUAGCUGCGUUGCGGCACGUUCUACUAACCACAUGGACAUCAAGCCCCUCACUCAGUCACGCAUCUCGAGCUACGUGUCGUGGGUCGGUGCACGCACUCAAUCAACACUGAAGAAAUCGCCUUCAAACGUCAAAACCUUCUGGCUAGACAGCCAACGUCAGGCUCGUAGCGACUUUCGCGCCCGAUCCGGUCGUGGAUGCUUGUGGGUGCUGGCAUUCCUCUGGUUCCUAGGCCUCACAGCUGGCUUCGCUUUGUUAUGCGUCUUUUCAAGCUUGACUUUUUCGGGAUCUUCGAGAAACUCAAACUACCUUUCGGCCUGUUUACCCGACGAUUCGUUCAAUCUUCGACCUGACACAUAUCGAUACUGGUCGAAGUCUGGGUUCUUUCAGAUCACACUUGGCUCAGGGAAUUUGACAUUUACACAAGCGAAAGCCAUAGAUGUAAUCUGGGAUAUUGUCAUUGGCCGAGGUGGCCAGGGACUACUUGCAUAUCUCUCAUGGCAGACAUUCAUAAGAUAUGUGUCUACAUCGAUGGAGGUACAGCCCGUCACUUUCAACACAUAUCGCACAGUCUUUCUUCAGAACGGAUCCCUUAUUCUUGGAAUACCGCGAAUCAUUCGAGACUUCUGCAGACGCCGUGGUCUACAUUCUAGGUUCGCCAUGGUCUUCAUCGUUCUCACAAUGAUCUUCAUUUUGAUCUUUCCCACGCUCGGCAGUGCUAUGACAGGUUACAGUGGAAACGUCAAGCCAUAUGUACCGGACCUAGAUGGUAACUUCAUCCCCUUUAACAACUUCAGUAUCGUUCUGUACACAAUUCACGAUGGCAAGAGGAUUGGCCAGACAGAUGAUUUCCAUGCUACCAUCUUCAAAGAAGCCAAUUCUAAUGACCCAGUCUUGUCAGAUAUCAGCUACUGGAACCCUAUGAUUGGAUAUACCCUAAAUUGUGCGAGCUUUCGGUACGACUACGAACGUUCACGGUGUGCUUCAGAUGUCAUUUUGUGGAACAUAUCAGCAUAUAUUGGACAGUAUGGAACCGACCCCACUCUCAAUCUAUCAUCAACUUUUGGCGAUAUCUCUCUGGAACCUCCAACCCUGAAGAUAACAGCGUACGAUCUGCCAAGCGGGCUCAACAGGACAACAUACGACCCGCGAUAUUCCAGCGGCAGCUCCGGUAGUUCACCAGCCAUGUUUCUGGCGUCUGAUCAGCUGUAUACACAGGAAAAGAUUGAGAUAGACGGCCAAUGCCAGGCACAAAAGACCUACCAAUGGGGGUUCUCCUUUGUCCAGCUCAACAUCAUGAUCAUCCUGCUCUGGGUCUGGACGCUCGGCAUCAUCGUUAUGUACACGUCCUCGAAAUUCACAAUGAAGCAACGAGGAAGGGAAGACGUGGCAGGCGAGUACAAAGCUGUGUUCGAACUCUCAGGUGCAAUGCACCUACAACUCGCCCAGAUUGAGAAUGAGGAAGCAAAAGAUGUACAACAAAUCACUGAAUCUAAUCUGCGCCAGCGCAUAACUAAAGAUCUUCGCGGCGGCACGAUAGCGUACGAUACAGCUCUACUCCCCGAGCGCAAUAGUGGCGCUGAGGGUAUUUACUGGACUUUAAAAGCUUGGACGAGGAGGGAAAUGUGGUGGUUGAUUGCUACUGCGGUGUCUAUUAUCGUCGAUGGCUUUGUUGUCAAGAGUUUCAUCAAAGAUAAGCCGCGUAACGACCUUUUAUUCUUCCUCGCUCUGCCGCUUGCUCUGGGCUUUGCGAUGUAUGUGGGUUCGACGCAUAAGAGUAGAGUUAUGGUGCUGUUUUGGGCGGUGUUGGUUGUGUGCGUUCUACCUGCGAUUGUACUGGGAAUUGUGGUCCAGAUGUUCAUGUGAGUGUAGAGAUAGAUGAGCUACCAUCACUAGACAUAAGAGUACUCGGAGACGAUUUCGUUUGAUGCAUGUCGUCCUCUUUUCCUUCGGUGCUUGGGCCUGAUAGUGUGCACAGACAUCGUCGGCUCCUUCGGGUCCUCGUAACAGCAGACAUGAACACAGAUUUGUCCAGUUUGGGUGGCAACUGGUGGUGUGCGUCCUACCUGCAAUUGUUCUGGGAGUGGUGUAUCAGAUGUUGACGCAAACAAAGUAAGC